UAUCACGCAACAUAGUAGAACCUUGUUGCCUUUAGUUAUUGCCAAUUACCACAAAGCUAUACUUUAACCGCCCUGCUUUGGACAUUUCGCAGUCGUGAAACACUAAGAGAGGAUUUCCUGACGACUAUACUGCUGUAAGGCUAACACAUACUAGGACUUAGUGCUGUUGUCAUCGCCGUCCUGUUACUCAGCGGUUGCAUCAAGUGCUGGUCUAGGCCGAAGGAAGGGCUGCAGGGCUGCUGAGCCCGGGCCAACACCUUGCUCGCCAAGAUGGCAGCAGUCAGGAUGACGCCGGCCGAGGAGGAGGCCAUCAUAAAGCAGCGCUACUUGACACAGAUGACAGUGCCCAAGGGCAAUCUGCCGUUAAAAGUCCUUACGAAGAAGCUGUUGCAGCUGUUGGAGCAGGUAGACAAGGGCGGUGACAACGAGGCGGAGGUGGCGCGGCUGCACCGGGAGUUCCUGCGGGAGGCGGCGCAGACGGAGCUGCAUGCCAAGAAGCUUCGCUCCAUCUGCGAGGCCAGCACUCGCGAGCAGGCCAGCUACACGUCCAAGCAGGGCGAGCUGGAGGCGGCCAUCGAGCAGACGCGGGCGGACAUCGAGGACCGGAAGCAGCAGCUGCAGCGGGCCAAGGUGCUGCUGGGGCAGAACGAGCAGUACGAGGUGCUGCGGCACCACAUCAUGGCGCACCCCUCCCGCGAGCUCACGCAGCGGGCCAUAGACGGCGAGCUGGCGCAGAUGGCGGAGGCGAGGGCGGAGGGGGCGCGCAUCGCGCAGCUCAUGGAGCGGCGUCGCAAGCAGUUCUCGCUGCUGUUCUACGUGAUCGAGGAGCUGCAGCGCACUGCGGAGGCCACUGCGGAGGAGCUGGCGGGGCUGCAGGGGGCGGGGGAGAGCGGGGGAGGGGGAGGAGGGGGAGGUGGUGGCAGUGGGGGGGCGGCGGCUAUGGAGGUGGACACGUGAGGGGGAGCAGUGUGCUUUGUUGUAGGGGUGAAGGAGGUUGGGAUGCAGGAUGGGUGGGAACGCGCGGUAUACCGGCGGAUGCGUGCAGCAGUGUGAUGGAGUUGUGGUUGGGCUGGAGGCUGAGGUCGAUGGGGGCACACGAGGGAGCGAAGCCAACUAACGGCCGUCGGAUCGCGUAUGGUCAGUACGUACAAGUGCUUGCUCGUUCCCUACACUACCGAGCCUCUUAAAGCUUUUUAAAGAGGUUAUUUUCAGAUCGCGACGGAACGAUUGGCUCCGCUUAUAGCGGUGGCCAAACGCAGCGGCUAGGGUUCGGACUGUUGCGCGAUUCGGGUAUUGAGUUUGUCACAAACUGCAUGUCUUCAUGAUGGCAAAUCAAGACGAACCAAACCGACGUUUUGGCGAGGAAGCGCUGUGGCUUGUACCUCCGGGUCGCGAUGGCUUCCCGGCCCAAGGCGAAGAAGACCCGCUGCUGCCGAGCACAUCACCCUGGCGGUCGCCAGAGCUGUUGCGUAAGGGCAGAGAUGUAAGAGAUGAAAAGC